GUAGAUUAGCAUCACAGGCCUGGUCUUUUCAAUUUCAAUCGAUGCAACUUCUCGCCCACCACUAAUUACCCUCAACCCACGUCCAGCAUUCCUGCAUACAACAUAUAAUUGAGGCCGGAUAGUACUCAGGUGCAAAUAAUUGUUCACAUUCCCACAAUCCAGCCAACCUCAGAUGGUCAAUACAAGUGCCGAUUCACCAUUGUUCGCUCUUCCGCUCGAACUCCGAGAGCAAAUCUACAAGGAUGUUCUUUUUGAACCAACCUCUGGAACGGGACUUCUGCUCGCAUGCAAAGAGAUACAUUCAGUGGCUCACAAGUUCAUUUAUCAACGAUCACUGAUCUUCCGCGGUCAAAAUGCGUUGCAUGAGUGGAUCCGACAUACACCACCAGAAUAUCUCCAUUACGUUACCACCAUUGUAAUCGAAUUACAUGAGGUUGAUCUAAAACCGAUCCUGGAUCGUCCGGUUUCUCACACCCGAAAUGAUUCCCCUCCCCAUCUCGCCACAUGGGAGCUACAUGAAAAAGAGAUCGACAAACUGUGCGAAAGUAUGCGAAAGUUACACAAACUAAGAUCAUUGACAGUACGAGGUCUUCCUCGGAGACCUUCCUACUUCUAUCGUGAGUUCAUCGACAGAUUUCUAAAGGCAUUAGGAAGCGUGUGGAAGGACCUGCAAGAGUUAAAUUUGGAGGGAUGUAUCUACCAACAGAGUCUUGAUUUCCUCUCUUCUCUAUCUGAUCUUCGUUCUUUCUCAUUCGACGGAUUUUCCAGAACUUCGGAUACCGCCACUCUAUCUGUUCUAGCUGGUCUCCGACAUCUUACCAGCUUGACGAUAGUCUCUCAGCCGCAAUUUCCUACUCCAUCAGACUCACCAUACUUCGGUCAUGUUCCGUUGAAGCGGCAAUCCGUCACUAGCGAAAUUAUCAGCGCCACCCUGCAAUUGUCAUCAUUUGCAGUUACAGAACGACCACUGCAUAUCCCGUCACCAGCUAUGUUCUUCACGCCCGAAGUCUUCACAUCACUCCAGCAUCAUGCAACCCUACGCAAAUUCUCAACCUCUCUCACAUAUACUCCCAAUUCGGAGACCCUCGGAUCUCUGGCUGCAUUCCUCCAAAAGUCAUCGAUCACAAUGCUUGAACUAGACUGGCCGGACCUGACAGUGGAGACUCUACGCACAUAUACUAUCUUGUCAGAAAAGCUCAGGGAGAUGUGGGUCAGAGUUACCUCCAUCAGUGUAGCAAGCGGGAUCUUGGAACUGAUCAUUGCAAAGCGUGAGGGAGGAGACGCUACAGAGCUACGAACGGUUGUACUCAUGAGGGAUAACUGGGACGAUGGUGACAGUACGGGUACAAACCAAUCUCAUUCUGGACUUGGAGAAGAACGUGCCGAGCGGAUGGAAAGCGUUGCUCACAGCAAAUCAGAUAUACACAUCUCUCCUGCUACAUCUUCGGAUCCUGCACCUAUACUUAGUUGCCAAAUGGAGCAACUUCAGCUACUUGGGAUUAAACUGCUCUGGCAUACUGUAUCAGCGUGUCACACAUUUCCUAGGGCGAUUAUAUAGGACAAGGGACUAUUACAAGUUAACACAGUAUGUACUACUUACUUUGAUUGACAGCAUUGUUAAAGAAAAUGUAUAAAUUAAACCACUAUUGCGUAAAUCUGGUUUACUUAUGUAGCUUCAAAUAUAAAAGGCUACAAGAUGUUGUAUUAAAUGCCGUAAUAAAAAGUUGUUUCCUUUUGU